UUGUUUUGUUCAUUAAAGAACAAUAAGCUGCUGGCUUGACGCUUUAAAACCUUUAACGCCAGCCUCUCAGCCUCAGCCACAGCCACAGACUUAUUCAUAAGCACUGCAAACACACAGAGGAGGAAAUACAGAGCACACCUCCAAAAUCCAUCAUACCAAAGCAGAGAGAAAAGCAAAAGCAAAAGAGAGGCAGAGAAAGAGGAAGGUAAGAAAUAGAGAAAUUCAGGAAAAAGGUUGCUCUUUGUUUGUGUGAAGAAGAGCUUGAAGAGAUGAUGCAGACAGAGCAGGCUCAGCCACAGCAGCAGCAGCAGCAGCUGGUGGUGCAGAACUCAGCUGGAAGCCUCAGUUUCAACAGCAAUCUCUCCAAGGAGGAUGAAGAGAUGUCAAGGUCGGCUCUUUCCACUUUCAGAGCCAAAGAGGAGGAGAUCGAGAGGAAGAAGAUGGAGGUCAGAGAAAAGGUUCAAGCCCAGUUGGGUCGUGUUGAAGAGGAGACCAAGCGUUUGGCCACUAUUCGUGAGGAGCUUGAAGGCCUUGCAGAUCCAAUGAGGAAGGAAGUUUCACAGGUCCGUAAGAAGAUCGAUUCAAUUAACAAAGAGUUAAAGCCACUAGGACACACCUGCCAGAAGAAGGAAAAAGAAUACAGAGACGCGCUUGAGGCUUUCAAUGAAAAGAACAGGGAAAAAGUGCAGCUUAUUACAAAACUAAUGGAGCUGGUGAGUGAAAGUGAGAAGUUGAGGAUGAAGAAGCUGGAGGAGCUGAGCAAGAACGUAGAUUCCUUACAGUGAAAUAGCCUAUUGGUAACUCUGAUUAGGUCUGUGUGAUGUAUUUAAGAUGACUUUUUUCAUGUUUACAUAUAUGGGUGGUGAUUGGCUUUGGUGUAUUCUAAGUUGGUUUGUUUCUUUAGUAUUUGAUAAAACACUAGCUGAUUUAGGCAGGAAAUACCCUCUUAAAUUUAAACAGGUUUGUAACUAAACGUGUCUGGACUCGCAUUUUCUUCUCAUUUUUCCAUGUAUCCAAACACUGUAACGUCCAUUCUAGUGUAAUGUGGGUUUUUUUCUUUCUUUAAAUUUA